CGGAGGCUGCCGCUGCUGGUGCUGGUCGUCCUCCUGCUCCUCCUCUUAGUUGUCUUCCACAUGUGCAUCCUCGGUACCGUUCUGCGACGCGGCCGCAGACGACGGUCUUCGAAGAAGGGCGUCAAUAUGGAGGGGUGUCAGGGAAUGUGCAGGUCUGCAGGGGAUCAGGGUGGUGGCCAGUGGGCUGGGCAGAGCCCGUCGAGAAGUUCAAGGUUGUCGGAGCGGUCUGGGUACCCGCACCUGCCACCGCACUUGCAACCUCUGUCGGACACGUCCGACGAGGAGGCGGAGGACAGACGGUCACGUACCGCGCCGCUGGGAAGCGGGUCCACCCAGGAGUGGGCGACUACAGAGCUCUGUGGAAGCCGCGACGGCGGUAAUGGGCAGUCGUACACCGAACUCCUCCAACAGGGGCUGAGUGGCGACGGAGGCGAUGAUGGCAUGAAUCUGUCGUUCAGGCUGUGUAGCGGGAGGUCGUCGGCCGCCUCACGAACGGUCAUCGUCAACAACCAUCCUGACGACGACGGCGGGCAAUUGACGGUUGUUGCGCGGUCAUCGAAGUCUCCAGCACUGAGGUUGAAGAAGGUGGGCGUCGACAGAGAAGCAGAACGGCGCGGGAAGAAGUGGGACAAUUCGAUGCAGCAGUUCAAGAAGGUGCAUCACUUCCAAGGCUUGUCUGGGAAACAGGACUUCUUCCAAUUCUCUGGGAAAGAGAGGUUGUCGAAGGGCUUCAAUUUCAACAUGGAUCGUGCAGUUUACGACGAGAUACUGGGGUCGACCGCCAAGAGCCACACCAUAAACCCGAAGAACAUCGCCGCCACUGGUGCUCCAGGUGGCGUGCAUCUGCCGUCCGCCACUUCUGCAAAUCCAGAAUCUAUGGGCGAUGGCUUGAUGGGGGCGCUAGUGCAGGGCACGACGACGACGAGGACGGGUCAACAAGAGAUCUUGACUUCGCGAGUGAUCAAGCUUGAAGUGGGUGUGUUGUGCGUCAUGUCGUCCCGCAGUUGUGGACGUGGCAAGUCCGUCGCCAACCUGGCAGUGGAAGCGGCUGCCCGGGAGAAACAGGGUCCCCACGUCAAGAACAAGAAAAGGAAGCUCGUCCAUGGCGGCUCCUCACUUGCGAGGUAUGUCGAGGAUGAAGAGUGGGUGCCGGAGAGGGUGGCGUCGCCGGCGGAAAGCGACUUCGAGGAAGAGGAGGAAGCGUCGUUGAAGCGGAAGUCCUCGAGGCGGGGAAGUGGAGGCCUCCGGAUCGAGGACGUUGGCGAAAGACGAGGCGGAGGAGGCCGCGCAAUAAUGGAAGACGUCAUCGACGUCGACGCCGCGGCUGCAUCCAGGCAGGGCGGGGGAACUGCCGUCACACAACAAAAUCGCGCGCCCGUGCCACGUGUGAAUGACGGCCCGACCGCGCAAGAGGGUAUCGUCCCCGCACGAACACCAGCAACCCCGUGGGCGAUGACGACUACAGACAUUGGCGUGAACGCGCAAGCCAUCGCUCAGGGGAACAAGAGGGGGGCUCCACAAGCGGGGGAAGGGGUGAGGGCAGGCGAUGUCGUCGGACCAGGCGAGGACGACGAAGCACUGGUGAACAGGGUGCGUCAGCGAUAUACACGGGAUGGAAUCGCGGCAGCGUCGAAGCUGUGGGUGGACGACCUAUGCUUCUGGAACGAAUCGGAAGGGAACAACAUACUGAAGUUGAUACAAGAAGCGCUGCGGAAACGGGGGUACCACAUUGCGUACAGGUGCACGUUGAACCACGAGACCAUUGACAUCGCUCGCGCGAUCUGGAUGGGGGAGGACUGGCGUAUCCGUGUGAACCCCAUGGUGUUCCACAUUACGCUGGACAUGGAUAUGAAGCUGCCACUAUGGUUCGUCGACGUCGACAUCAAAGACAGGCACGAGAAUGGCGAGUUGGCGGCGUAUCAGGAGGCGAGCAUCCAGCGACCAGUGGGGGCUUUCACGAGCGCCGUGAGCAUGGCGGAGGGGAUCGACGACGGUCGGGUGUCGCACAAAAGGUUGAAGAGCAUUGCCGACGCGAUGAGGAUCAUGCUCGCGACGACCGUGUGGCUCAUGCGGAUGAGAGGGGACGAUCAUCGCACGCAUUACGACGCGUGGGUGUUCGUCCAACUAACAUCAAAGUCGACGCUCAUCACAUCCAUGCAUCACUCAUUCGACGCGCGUCGCCAUAUCAUGCAAGUUGCGAUCGUCAUCAUGGACAAAUUGGCCAAACCCCCAAUGACUUUGGUAGCCCCCCCAUUGUACAUCCCUGACAGAGCGUCAAUCGGCGUGAAGUUCUCACAUGACGCCACGUUGUCUUCCCCCAUGGAGGCAAAGAAUAUCGAUUGGUUGGGCACAGGCUAUGAAUCCCCCUCGGCGGCGGACAGGCGCGGCUAAGUCCGCGGACGCGGUCGAGUCCGCGAUCCCGCGGAUGUGUCCGCGCGGACGCGAGUCCUCGCAGACGCGUGGCGGCCGCUGGGGAGGGGGGUUGAGGAAUCGGGAAGCACCACGUGGCGGUGCAACCCCAGC